AUGCCAUCUAGAAGGUGGUCUAUGAAACUUAGUGAUCCUGGAUUUGGUGACUGGGCGAGGUCUAUACUGGAUGAGUCUGAGAGUAAAUGUAUUGGGGAUGAAAAUGUUAUAGAUCAAGGUUCCGAGAGUGCCCAUGAAACCGAAUCAGAGGAAGAAGUAUGUGAAGCUGAGAAUGAAGUGCGUGAUACAUCGUCAUCAGAUGAAAACGAACCCUUUUCAAAAAGGCAGAAUCGUCAAUACGAGCGAAAGAAGUAUUAUGGGAAGAACCGUUUCAUAUGGUCGAAAAAACCUCCAGCUUCAAAGGUUCGCACAAGGAAACAUAAUAUCGUUUCACAUUUACCGGGAAUAAUUGGCCCUGCUAAAGCCCUUGGUCAGAUUUGUAGACCCCAGACUGCUUGGACGCAACUUUUUUGUGAGAGAAUACUGAAUGAAAUAAUACUGCAAACCAAUAAAAAAUUGGCCUUUAUGAGGGAAAGGUUGUCCGAUGAUACGAGAACUGACUACAAAGAGUUGGAUCUGAUCGAGUUCAAGACUUUUUUGGAGAUUCUCAUGUUCACAGCCAUCUUAAAAUCUAAUAAUGAAGAUCUUCAAGCUAUUUUUGCCACCGACGGUACUGGUCGUGAUAUUUUUCGUUGUACAAUGUCACUAAAGAGGGUCUUAGUGUUACUGCUCAGUAUACGUUUUGAUGACGCCUCAGACAGAGAUGUGAGGAAAAAAUGUGAUGCAACAGCUCCUAUAAAAUGGGUUUUCCUAGAGUUUAUGAAAAACUGUACGGCUAGUUACUCAAUUGGAAAGUACGCUUGCAUUGACGAAAUGAUGGGGGGCUUUCAUGGUCGAUGCCGCAUUAAAAUGUAUAUCCCCAGCAAACCUAGAAAAUAUGGACUCAAAAUAAUGACUUUGGCCGAUGCAAAAACCCACUUCUUGCUAAACGCCCACAUUUACUCCGGAAAGGAUAGUGUUGGCAGAACACCCACUGAUGAGGAGAAUAAAUUGGCCAAGCCAACUCAAGCAGUGUUGCAAUUGACCAAACCCAUUAUCGGAAGUAACCGCAAUAUCACAGCAGAUAAUUGGUUUUCGCCCAUUGCCCUCAUACAGGAACUACUUAAAAGGGGCUUGACAUAUGUAGGAACACUGUGA